AUGAUCAACGCAGCAGUCAUUUCAACCUGGGGUGAAACCCCCAAGUACUCGCCAAUCGAGCUUCCCGAGCCGACGCCUUCUCAGGUCCGUAUCAAGGUGCUUGCGGCUGGCCUGCACACGCUCGUCCGGUCUCGUGCCGCGGGAAAGCACUUCUCAGUUGCGAACACGUCCCCGCCCCAUGUCCCCGGCACAGACGGCGUCGGGACGCUCAUCCCGUCUGGCGAGUUGGUGUACUUCAACUGCCUGACCGCGGCAAGUGGUUCUUUUGCAGACGAGAUCAACGUCGAGGCCGCAGACGUGUUCACGCUGCCCCUCGGCGCGGACCCGGAUGCUGUGGCCGUCCUGGGCAAUCCGGCGAUGAGCAGCUGGAUGGCGCUUGUCGCCCGCGCCGGGGUCGACCCCAAACAAGAGCAAGACUUCAGUGUUGCCAUCGUCGGCGCGACGGGCGUGAGCGGCCAAGCGGCAGUGCAGAUCGCGGCCGCCAUGGGCGCGACGCGCAUCGUCGCCAUCGGCCGCGCGGGGCCCAAACUCGACGCGACACGCGAGUUGGGAGCCACAGCGUGCAUCGAGCUGCGGCAGCCUCUCGCGGCGACGGAUUUCUCAGCCGCUGCAGACGUCGACAUCGUCCUCGACUAUCUCUGGGGCGACGUCAUGCUCGCCGCGCUCUCCGGCAUUGCCGCGAAGAGGGCGAUCAAGACGCGCCGUCUGACCUGGGUUGAGAUAGGCGCGUUAGCUGGGAACGAGGUCGCGGUCUCAGCGGCGCUGCUUAGGAAGGCGAAUAUCUGUCUCCUCGGCUGUGGACCGGGGAGCUGGUCGUAUGGCGAGUUGCACGCGCAGAUCCCCGCCAUCCUGGCUGCCAUCGCCGACGGAGGGAUGACGACGUCUUUUGUGGUCAGGGGCCUUUCGGAGGUGGAGGACUGGUGGGGCGAGAGGGGCGAGGCUAGAGUCCUGGUUAAGCCUUGA